ACAUGUUGGGUUCUACAGAUAAGAUGGAAACAAAAUCCUACUGAAAUAAGAUAUAAAACAAAGUACAGGAAUUCUGUAAUGAUCUUAAACAGCAGAUGGUUCAUAUUGGAAACCAUUAGAAUUUGUUUGGUUUUCAUCAGGUGUUACUCCUAUUAUAGAUGCCCAUGAAUGGCAGGAAAGAAUCGAUUCUCUGAAUCGGACAGGUUUGAGUAUUUGCAGGGGCUGGUUACAGAGUUUCAAGACACAGACAAUGAGGAGGCUAAAGAGCAAGUGCUGGCAAACUUGGCCAACUUUGCCUACGAUCCAUCCAAUGUAGAAGCCCUACAGAUGCUCCAGGUCACAGAUCUCUUCCUGGACAUGCUGACAGAAGAAAAUGAGAACUUUGUUGAGUUUGGAAUUGGUGGUUUGUGCAACCUGAGUAUGGACCGGGAGUCCCGUGAUCAGAUCAUUCAAAGCGGUGGAAUUCCAUUAGUUGUAGGCUGCUUGUCAAGUAACCGGGAUGAAACGGUUCUUUCUGCCAUCACAACAUUAAUAAACCUCACCACAACCACCACGCGUGCGGAAACCACAGCCACUGCAGUGGUACAGUGCAUGCUGCGGUUCUCUCUCAAUCAGAACCCACGACUCAGGAACCUGGCUUCUGUCUUUCUGGAGGACUGCUGCACACAAGAACAAGUCAACAAAGCCCAAGAUGCAAUGCAGGGACAGAGCCAAUCAGCUGUGGGGAUUCCACUUCCAGUAGAUUAAAGACUUGUGUUUGUUACUGUUACUGUUACUGACAAUGUUGUAUUUAAGAGGAAUUCUGGUAAGAUGUGUCUUAAACAGUGAGAUCAUUUACAAAAUAAAUUGCUACUGAGAAAUACUUGA